AUUGGUGUUGUAGAGUUCUAGAACUCCCGGGCCAAGGUUCUGGAAUCCCAGGCUAAAGUUCUGGAAUCCCGGCCCAGCUCCCAUAAGCUAUCACGUGCUGCACUGAAUUGAACUUGCAACCUCUCAACCCAGGCGCCGCAACUCCAUCGACGGUUGAGGUCGGCGCCGAGCGACUCCGAGAACUACCGAAGAGCGUCGGCUGUUUCCGUAACCCCCCCGUGCUGGAAUGCAUCGAAAUCCAAAACCGGAUGCGUAGAAACACCUCGUACCAUUUCUAAAUAUCGGUGCAAUUCCAGAACUCAACUACUGCUUGGGCCGCAUUUUUUUUUGCGUUUCGUGAUUGCGACUUUACCCAAAAAUCAUCUACUUCCGCACGGGCCUGGAACGCAAGAUCCAAGAUGGCGGCGCCUGGCAAUGAAGAGGAGGAACUAACGCAAGAACAAACAGAGAAACUGUUGCAGUUUCAGGACUUAACAGGUAUCGACUCAAUGGACCAAUGUCGCCGUACACUUGAGCAACAUCAUUGGAACAUUGAGGCAGCUGUUCAGGAUAGGUUAAAUGAACAAGAGGGCGUUCCCAGUGUCUUCAACCCACCUUCCUCUCGCCCACUUCAAGUCCACACAGCAGAUCACAGAGUCUAUAGUUAUGUAGUUUCAAGACCUCAGCCUAGGGGUCUCUUAGGAUGGAGUUAUUACUUGAUAAUGCUUCCUUUCCGAUUCACCUAUUACACGCUGCUGGACAUUUUUAGAUUUGCUAUAAGGUUUAUACGACCAGAUCCUAGGAGUCGUGUUACUGAUCCUGUUGGGGAUGUAGUAUCAUUUAUUCAGAAUUUUGAGGAACAGUAUGGAAGGAUCCAUCCAGUCUUUUAUCAAGGAACCUACAGUCAGGCACUGAAUGAUGCUAAACGAGAGCUACGCUAUUUAUUAGUUUACCUUCAUGGAGAUGACCAUCAGGACACCGAUGAGUUCUGCCGUAAUACAAUGUGCAACCCAGAAGUUGUAAACUUCAUCAACACUAGGAUGCUUUUCUGGGCCUGUUCCACAAGUAAGCCAGAAGGCUACAGGGGUAAGUGAUUUUUAAGCAUUACAGAAAAUAAAGGUUGCUGGUGCAG